GUAACUCUCAAAUGGUCAUUAUAUAAGCUUCGAUAAAUACAUAUCUACUCAUCACCAUAGGAUCAGAACAUAUACGGUCAGGAUCGUGGGCCAAGGACAGUUACCGUCUUGGUAAUGUACCUUGCUCUCUUAGCUCUCGGAUGCAAAGAACAUGUAGCUGUAUACUGCGCGUCAGUGCCAUACCGGCUCACUCAUUCUUGAACAUGGACUUAUACUGUAUAAAUUAGCCCUCACCAGUUGGCAUUAAGCCGAAGGGUAUCCAGAACGUUCUUCCUGCAUCCCAUAUUGGUAGUAGCCUCUCCCUAUCUGUUCUUCUGCAAACCGUAUUAUGUCCCUACCUGCGAUUUUCCUCUACCGGACUGCUCGAGUGGCGGUGCGACGACCCAAUGGUUCUCUUCUGACGACAGAAGGUGAACAACAACAAGUCUUGUACGUCAACCACAACGGCACGAUAGGCGGAACAGGCUCGGUUGCUAUUCAUUUGAUGUAUCCUGAAAUGAUUAGCAUUCGAGCAGAGAUCAUCCGUUAUUCUGGUCAUCCCGUAUGCAACUACGUCUGGAGACUAAAAACCGAUCAUUUCAAAUUACGAGUGAAGUUCACAUCUCCAUGGCAACCCUUUGCUCAGCUGGUUUGGAUUCCAUCUCCAGAAGAACACCGGGUGAUAGCCACUGCCUCCUUCUCUCGUUCUCCCGGCGAGGUGGCUGUGCGGAUGGGUCCGUCAGGCCGGGCGGUCGGCACAGCUACUCAAACUCCCGUGGCUGGCCACGGCUCGCCCAUGAUCUAUUCAAUUGAUAUCGGUAUCGUGGAGGACGAUUCGCUGGUCAUUUUUCAGCCAGAUGAUUCAACUUUGGCUCCUGUGUUUUCCCAAACACUUACAAGACCACCCUUUGGACUGAGUAUUGAGACUGUCCAGCCAAAUCUUUAUUCCACCAAGGACCCCUUUCGCACGUCAGACCAACACGAUACAGUCUAUGUAACUGAAUCUGAACGUCACACGGGCGUCUACUUCCCACAUUGGACUAACGACGCCUCUCCUUCCCAUCCAGAAACAAGCCGGCAAAGUUGCGGUUCGAAUCAAUCCCUAUCGCCACAUGCCAAUAAUUCCAGCCCAGCUUCAGGAUCAACACUCAGCAUAUGCUCAAGAAAUCAAAGUGGCGAGCAUUUUGACACCGUAGAUACGGCUGGUACUCAGCAUGACGCUAUUGAUGAUCGUUGUAUCGUCGUCAAACUCCUGCCAUAGGCCGAUGAGGGGAGUCCAGUGACAUCGACUUAACGGAGUCAAGUUCACUGAUCGGUACAAGUAAUCGAAAUAACGACCGCGAGUUUGCCUACCACAUUCAAUUCUGUAUAUUUUCCCUUGGAUGUGCUAUAUGUUUCAAGGCUCAUUGGCCAAGCAUCAGCUGCUUGCGCUAAGUGAAAAUCGUUUCGAAUAUGAGGAUUCCUAUCCUACUGUAUAGAGCCAG